AUGUGGUCAUGUCCUGUAGCAGGUCGGGUCCAGGCAGCAGGCCUCUGCACCAGUGCCACCAGUCACCCGACUGCCUCGCCCACCUGCUUCCCACUGCCCAGUCACUUCCCCAGUCCACUGCAGAUACCAGCUGGUGUCCCCAUCCACCUGGCCAGGUGGUACAGGUGUCUCACUGUGGACUUCACUGCAUCUUACAGACGGUUUGUCCUGCCUGGUUCUGUCAGGCUGGAGGCCCAGUGGUUGUUGGACUGGGCUCCCAUAGCCUGCAGCGACGGUCCUGCCAACCGCUGCAGAUCAACCCCCACAGUUCAAACAGGAAGGAGGUUUAACUCUGCUGCUGUCACUUGUGUGAACAGCAGGAUGAAGCCAACACGUCUCCAGUGGCCGCUCUGCCUGAUCACAGUGCUCUGCUGCAGACUCACUCAAGCUCGUCUGACUGUGAGUCCCAGCAGCUCUCAGCUGUUUGAAGGAGGCUCAGUGUCUCUGAGCUGUGAGGAGGACGACAGCUCUGCUGGAUGGACGCUGAGGAGGAACACGACCAGAGACACCAGAGCUGAGUGUGGACCUGGGUGGGGAAGAUCAGUUGGUUCUUCCUGUAACAUCACGGGCAUUGACCCAAUGGACAGUGGUGUUUACUGGUGCCAGUCCACACAGGGAGCGACCAGUAACAGCAUCAACAUCACUGUCACUGGUGGAGCAGUGAUCCUGCAGAGUCCUGUCCUCCCUGUGAUGGAGGGACAUGAUGUCACUGUGCGCUGUGAAGCACGGAGCCCUCCCUCCAGCCUCCCAGCUGCUUUCUAUAAAGAUGGCUCCCUGAUCGGGGCGGAGCCUACAGGUCACAUGACCAUCCGCCGUGUUUCCAAGGCUGAUGAAGGCCUCUACACCUGUAACAUCAGUGGUCAUGGAGCGUCUCCACCCAGCUGGCUCUCUGUCACAGGAAACUACCUGCCCGUCUCCAUGGUGAUGGCCCCACCCAGCCAGGCUGAGCAGGGACUGGAUGGUGACUAUGAUGAUGUCAUGACUGCCGUCACCACCAAGCAUCACUUUUGACCUGACCUGGUCUCCAGGUUCAGUCAGUGCCGCUGCUCCACCUGUUUCCUCCUGAAGCUGACAUUUAGUCAGCCUAUGAAUAAAGUAUUCAUAUAAUGAG